CUGAUAUCCUACCACUUAUGAGUAGCACACGUCUUGAUAGAAGCCUUAUUAAUAUGGAGAAAAUGCGAUCGAUACACAUUCAAGCAUUGUCACCACCAUGAGCGAGCAUGAGAGUCCCAAUUCUCCGCAGAUAUCCAACACUCCCCCGUUCCUGAAACAGAAAGUGGAGAGACUUUCGGUCCUGAAUCCGAGGAUCGAGAAUCAGGAUACGAGCGAUCUGCCUUGCCAAAGUGGAGAACUUCCAUCAAACCACCAUCUCUCAAAAAAGGGUCCAUCAAUCAUCCUUCUCUUUUUGCAACUCUGAACUCGCUUCUAGCUCAUAAAUUACAAAGCAAUCAUGUUCCUUAUUGUCAAUGCCACUGUCAAUGCGAGUAAACCGUUCAAAUGUCUCCG